UGUCACAAGAAUCUGCCAUUGAGAAAGGCAUUGGGGAACACGAACAAGAGAGUGAAGGCUAUUUAUGGAGAGGAAGCACAUGUGAGCUCACUACUGCAAGGAUAUUGUAUGUUAAUGCAUUAGAGGAAACAGAGGACAUCUCAUCUGAUGCAUGAGGCAACUGUAUCACUACCUGCCAGGGAGAAGGUGUACCUGGCAGUGGGGGAUGAUGAGAAGCAGUGCGAGUUUUCUCUGCUAUGGGCUAAAGACUUCAUCCCACCACAGAAACCAUUAGUUCUUCUCCACAUCUACAAGCCAGCCACAACGAUCCCGCAUGUGGUACUGGGAGCUGCAAUGGUUGCAAGUAAGGUAAGGGAUGAUCUUGUUCACAAGUACUGGAAAAAUGAGAGGAACAGGAUUAAGAACUCCUUAAAGAAGUGCUUGCAAAAUUGCAAGGUCCAAGCAAAGAUACGGAUAAUUGACAAACAUGAGGUUGCUCCUGCACUUUUGGAGCUCAUCAACAAGUAUAAGAUUACCACACUCGUCAUGGGAGCCAAAAACAGACAUGACUGGAAGACCAAUACAGCAAUCGCUUUGGAAAAACAAGCUGAUACUUCAUGCAACAUUCUGUAUCUCCAUGAAGGGAGUCUCAUUUCAAGCAGGCAAGUUUCCUGUUUUUUUUGCACAUAGCUUCUUUUCAACAACCACUUAGUU